UUUUUAAUUCUUGGACUUUAUUUUCUUUUCCAUCUCAGGUGCACCAAUUGGAAGUAAUUUCUACAUCUUCACGUGGAGACCAAACUGUUUCUUGGCUAAAGACAGGCGGGGGGAAAACAGAAUUUGAAGAAAACAGACCUAUGAACGAAACGUCUUUAGGAGAUCGAGAAGAUUCCUUGUAACCGUUUGAAGUUGCCUUACAGGGCAGAGACGGGAUGGAGACACAGCUUUUAGGGAGUGAGGGAAAUGGAAAAGGCCGUUUUGCUGUUCAGCCUGGCAGCUGUGGAGAGAUUUGGACAAAAAGGGGGCAGAAGAUCCUGGAGGAGGAAACCAUCCCCCAUUCAGAAGUUCAGCCCCGGAAUUUCAGCAGCCUCCAAUACCAGGAAGCUGAGGGUCCCCGAGGACUUUGCAGCCGACUACACGACUUUUGUAGGCGAUGGCUGAGACCAGAAAAGCACACCAAAGACCAGAUGCUGGACCUUCUGGUUCUGGAGCAGCUCCUUGUCCUUCUGCCCCUAGAGAUGGAGAGCUGGGUGCGGGAGUGUGGAGCAGAGACCAGUUCCCAGGCAGUGGCCCUGGUGGAAGGCUUCCUCCUGAGUCAGGCAGAGGAACAAAAGGAGCAGGUUGAGUUGCAGUCUGUUGUGAAGAUCAGAGAUCCUGAGGGAUGGAGAAAUCCAUCAAAUCCUCUUCAGGAGAUGUUUUGGAGAAGGAUCUCUCAAGAAGAUCCAAGUCAGGAUAUCUCAGGAGUGAAGAAUAGAAUGAAGAUAACGCCUCCUUAUGAUGGAACUGAAACAAUCUUUGAACCUAUAACUCAAGUAAGAAAAGCAUAA